UGGGUGGGGUCGCGCCAAGCAGGGCGGAGCCUGGCUGAGGUGACGCUCCUUUCACUCACUUUUUUGUUCAGAGCUCUGUCGUCAAGCAACAUUUGCAGAAGGACACCGGGCUGGGAUUAUCUGAAAAGCUUAUUUUUUUUCUGUUUCCUAAAGGUUUGUUCCAUCGUUGCUCCUUUGAUAACAAGAGACAAGGAUGGCGAUGCAAAUGGGUGAGAUGGAUCGGGGCAGGGUAAAGGUUCAAGAGUGGCAGGAGACGAUGUACGGGCUGGACUCUGGCAUCCAGUCUGGAGCCACCACCUAUAGAGACGACGAUGGCGAGUACACAACUUCCACACGCUAUGUCAAAACCACCACCAUCUCCAGGGAGGAGCCUGACCUGGAAAGCCAGUUGACGCUGAGCAGAACACAGCGGGUUCGGGCUGCAAUGUUCCCGGAAACACUGGAGGAAGGCACCACCAUCCUGUCGACCCAGACAGACCCAGCCCAGAUGACCAAUGUGCAGCGGCUGGCCGAGCCAUCACAGAUGCUCAAACAGGCCAUCAUCCACCUGAUCAACUACCAAGAUGAUGCCGAGUUGGCCACAAGGGCCAUCCCAGAGCUUACUAAACUUCUCAAUGAUGAAGAUCAGGUGGUGGUCGGCAAGGCGGCACAGAUUGUGAACCAGCUCACCCGUCAGGAGGCCUCGCGGCGUGCCCUCAUGCAGUCCCCUCAGAUUGUGGCGGCGGUGGUCCGGGCCAUGCAGAACACAAACGACAUGGAGACGACCAAGGCCACAGCCAGUAUCCUCCACAACCUGUCCCACCAGAGGGAGGGUCUGCUGGGCAUCUUCAAGUCAGGAGGGAUCCCCGCUCUUGUCCGUAUGCUCAGCUCUCCUAUGGAGUCUGUGCUCUUCUAUGCCAUCACCACACUUCACAACCUGCUGCUGCACCAGGAGGGAGCCAAAAUGGCUGUGCGUCUGGCUGAUGGACUGCAGAGGAUGAUCCCACUGCUAAAGAAGAGGAACCCCAAGUUCCUGGCCAUCACCACGGACUGCCUGCAGCUGCUGUCCUACGGCAACCAGGAGAGCAAGCUAAUAAUCCUCGCCAAUGGUGGUCCAGAGGGUCUUGUUGAUAUCAUGAAAAACAACAGCUAUGAGAAGCUGCUGUGGACCACCAGCCGUGUCCUCAAAGUCCUCUCUGUGUGCCCCAGCAACAAACCAGCCAUUGUAGAAGCUGGUGGAAUGCAGGCUUUGGGAAAACACCUGCAGGGCGGCAGCCAGCGUUUGGUACAGAACUGCCUGUGGACUCUCAGGAACCUGUCAGACGCUGCAACUAAGCAGGAAGGAGUUGAUAACCUGCUGCAACUUCUGGUGGGGCUCCUCUCCUCACAGGACCUCAACAUGCUCACCUGUGCCACCGGCAUCCUGUCCAACCUCACAUGCAACAACAGCAACAACAAAUCUCUGGUCACCCAGAGCAACGGAGUAGAGGCGCUGAUCCAUGCCAUACUGCGUGCUCCAGAGAAGGAGGAUGUGACUGAGCCGGCAGUUUGCGCUCUGCGGCAUCUGACUUCGCGACACCAGCAUGCCGAGCUGGCGCAGCACGCUGUGAGGAAUAGCUACGGCAUCCCGGCUAUCGUCAAGCUGCUCAACCAGCCCUACUACUGGCCCAUCAUCAAGGCUUCUGCUGGCUUAAUCCGUAACCUGGCCUUGUGCCCAGAGAACCAGGCCCCCAUCAGAGAUGCAGGAGGCAUCCCUCGUCUGGUUAACCUGCUGCUUAAGGCCCACCAGGAUGCUCAGAAACACGAUUCCUCCAACCAGCAGACAUACCAGGACGGUGUGAGGAUGGAGGAGAUUGUGGAGGGUUGCACAGGAGCUUUGCACAUCCUAGCAAGAGAUCCCAUCAACAGAGAUGAAAUUGCUCACUUAGAUACCAUUCCCCUCUUUGUUCAGCUCCUCUACUCUCCAGUGGACAAUAUAAAGCGUGUGGCGGCAGGUGUUCUGUGUGAAAUGUCCCAGGACAAAAAUUCAGCCGAGUUGAUCGACGCAGAGGGAGCAUCAGCUCCCCUGAUGGAGCUACUUCACUCCAACAAUGAGGGCAUCGCUACCUACGCUGCUGCUGUUCUCUUCCGCAUCUCUGAGGAUAAGACCCCUGAUUACAAGAAGCGAGUCUCUGUGGAGCUCACGCAUUCCUUGUUCAAACAUGACCCAGAAGCCUGGGAGACGGCUCACAACACAAUCGUUGAAGGAAACUUUCAAGAUGAAAUAGAUGGUGGUUUCCAGGGCUAUGGAUACCCAGCUGAAAUGCCAAUGGACAGCAUGAAUGGACAUAUGAUGUCGGAGGAUUUUCAGGGUGGCGCGGCAUAUGACAGAUACCCUGAUCAUUAUUAACGGAUGAGGAACGAGAAGAGGUGGAGGCAGACGACCUACAGUGGGAUUUAGUGGCGAGGCAGAUUGCAUUCACCGGUAGAGAUAACUCCCUCUGCUCUCCACCUUCUGUAAAAUAUGCAAUGAGAGUUUGGGACUCACAACUUUAACAGGGCUCAACUUUGUGUUUUAUAUGAAAAAGUAUGAUUUUUUUUUUUUUUUUAUAAUGGAAGCUUUUAAGUUUUUGUUAAAAACCUUAUAGAAAUGUGUGCAUGCGAGUGCGUGUGUUUAUGCUUCUGGGUGGGUGUUCUAUGCCAAAGAGAUUUUAAUUUUGUGAUCAUAAUCAUGUAGCCUCUUUAUUUUUAUUUUAAAAAAUUAACUAGAGAAUAUUUGAGAAACCUGCAUAGUGCACCUACUCACUACUGCUUUAGGCCUUUCUUUUUUUUUCUCUCUUGGUACACAGUCUGUACUGUCAUCAUUCUCCCACUGUGAGCCAGAUAUUGAUUACAUUAACAUGUUCUUUAGGUGAGAAUUCAAUCAGGCAGAGCCGUUGCCCAUCAUGUAAUCAGCUGUUGUGAUUUUACUAGAAUUGGAGAUAUUUUUCUUUUAUUUUUCUGAUGUUUUUUAUAAGUUGUUCACUUUGAUAACUUCACCAUAUACCCUCCAGUAAUUUAGCAGUCUUUAAUGUUUUGCAAGUGAAGUUUAAAAGGAAACUGAUGUGUAGCUGUGGACCACAGCCUGUGGUUAAAAUCACAACAACGGGGGUUUUUGGAGAGAAGAUGGAGUCCGGAUGGCAUCGCAGCUGCCAGCGUACUACUGACAGGGAAAUCUUUCUAUUUCAUAAAGAGUUUUUACUGAGAUUUUGUUUAAUAAAAAUAAAGAAUAUAUCAAAACUUCUGUAA